AUGAAGCAUCGCUCGUGUGGCGCGAGCGGCGGCGGCGAUGGACGUCGCGGAGGUGGGUUUUCCUUGCGCGUCGUCGGCGAUUUCUUCGCCGCGCUGGUGUCGCAAAUCGCGGCGAGUCUGGGACUUCUCACGCCGGUGCCGGCGUACGCGUUGAGCGAAACACAGAAGCGAGGAUUAAACGCACUGGCGAUGCGCGCGCACGAGGCGUACGACGGGAACAAAGUCGAGCACACGGAUGCGUUGAAAAAGUUGUGGUCGCUCGCGUUCGGGUCAAAGGCGCCGCCUAAAGAUUUAAAGAGCGAGAGUUGGAAGGAGAUGGGGUGGCAAGGAUGCUCGCCGACGACUGAUUUUCGCGCUGGCGGGUUUUUGUCUCUCUCGAAUUUGAUUUGGUUGGGAGAAAACAAACCGGAGACGUUCGAUAAGCUGCGGCAUAAAAAGAACGGCGAACGAAGCGAGUUUGAGUACCCAUUCGCCGUCGCGGGAGUAAAUCUGACAUUUAGUUUAGUAGAGAUGUGCGAACUCAAAGAAGAAGCCCCGACGACGUCAACGGGAAUAUGCUUCGCCGAGUUGAUCGAAGCGCACGGCGACGAGGCCUUUGAGCGCUUGUAUGCGCUGAUGUUUGAAACGCUCGACGACGAAUGGUUGCGUUUCGGCGGCGCGACGUACAUGGAAUUCCCGCUCGUGUUGAAAGCGACGAAGCAAAAGAUCGUGCGCGCGAUGGAUGGCGCCAAGUCGUUCGAACACGUCGUUGCUCGCUUAGGUACGUGA